AUGUCUUCCGAAUCUGUAGAAGGUGUUAAAUCACCCGCACAAAGUGUCGGUCCUGAUUAUCGCCCCGAGAAACCUGUUGCAACCGUUUCAACUCCAGUCUCCUUCGAGAAUGUUCACACAUUACCUCAAACCCCGCAGCUUAUUGCUCUUCUCACCAUGAUCCGAGACAAGAACACGCAGCGAGCCGAUUUCAUAUUUUACUCGAACCGAAUCAUUCGUUUACUGGUUGAGGAAGGUCUCAAUCAUCUACCAGUGGUAGAGCACACGAUCACUACCCCAGUUGGUCGAACAUAUGCAGGAGUCCAAUUUCAAGGAAAAAUAUGUGGUGUGUCCAUCAUGAGAGCUGGUGAAGCUAUGGAGCAGGGACUACGGGAUUGCUGUCGUUCCGUGCGAAUUGGCAAAAUAUUGAUACAAAGAGACGAGGAAACUUCGUUGCCUAAGCUCUUCUAUGACAAACUUCCAGAAGAUAUUGCACAACGUUGGGUGUUGCUUCUUGAUCCAAUGUUCGCCACAGGUAAGCCACCCCCCAAAGACUCGAAUGGUGCUAUUCUGAUGCUUGAAUUAGGGGGAUCCGCAUCAAUGGCAGUAGACGUUUUGAUCUCUCGAGGAGUUCCAGCAGAAAGAAUUCUGUUCUUGAACUUGAUAGCAAGCCCAGAGGGCAUCGAGUCCUUCGCUAAGAAGUACCAGAAGGUUAGAGUGGUAACGGCAUUUAUUGAUCAGGGUCUCGACGAAAAGAAUUAUAUUGUCCCUGGUCUUGGUGAUUUUGGCGAUAGAUUCUAUACCAUGUAGAAGGUCUGGGUUUCAAUGUCUCCUUAAUAUCUU